AUGAGGGAUGAAAUUGCAACAGCAGUUUUCUUUGUCACAAGACUGGUGAAAAAACAUGACAAAUUGAGUAAACAGCAAGUAAAAGACUUCGCAGAAAAGCUGAUGACGAUCUUGUUUGAAACCUACAGAAGUCACUGGCACUCUGACUUCCCUUCCAAAGGGCAAGCCUUCAGGUGUAUCAGGAUAAAUAAUAUUCAGAAUAAAGAUCCCAUUCUAGAAAGGGCUUGUGCUGAAAGUAAAGUGGAUUUUUCUCACCUGGGACUUCCAAAGGAGAUGACCCUAUGGGUAGAUCCCUUUGAAGUGUGCUGUAGGUAUGGUGAGAAAAAUCACCCAUUUACAAUCGCUUCUUUUAAAGGCAGGUGGGAGCAAUGGGAGCUUUCCCAACAGAUCAGCUAUGCUGUUAAUAGAGCCACUUUAGACCACUCCUCUGGCGUUUCCUCCGAUGAAGAAAGUUGUAACAAAGAACCUCAGAUCAUUCCUAAAGUGAGCAAUCCAAAGAGUAUUUACCAGGUUGAAAACUUGAAACAGCCCUUUCAGUCUUGGUUCCAUGUCUCCCGCAAAAAGAAUAUGGCAGAUGGCCGCAUGGGCCUCCUAGGGAACACUUAUCAUGCACUGCAUAAAUAUCCCAAGGGUCCGAGGCCUGCUGCUGUCCCCCGGGUGGACAGGUACCACUGGGUCAACAUGAACCGAUAA